AUGGCAGCAGGUGCUGAAGAAUUCUGUAAAGAUUACUUGGUGGUUGACGCCAAAGAAGCAAGUCUCUACGAUAUUGCUUCUAUUUUGAUAUGUUCAACUGAUAGUUUGAAGAAGAAGAGGUUUUACGACGAACGAUAUGAAGAUGUGGAGAAGUCAACCACCGUGAAUCUCCGCCGGCGAAGGCUCAUCUUCUCCUCCGUGGUUCUGCAGAAGCUUCUUAUUUGGACGAAAAAGCCGCUGGCUUUGACGGGAUCUUUGAUUGAGAUGUGGCUGAAUCUUUUAUCGAGCAAUGGAGGUCUUUUCGGGCUUAUGAUCAAUCGCUUACGAGGUAAGGUGGUGAAGCCGGAGGAAUCGUCGGAAAAGUUUAUGUCGGUGGCCGGAGAACUGGACAGGCGGUUGAAACUGGAUGCAAGUAUUAGAAAAGGCGACGGAAGAUAUAAUCCGUCGGUAUCUAUGAUGGCUGCAAAAUUCUCUUACGAAAAUGAGGCUUUUGUGAAAGCUGCAGUUCAAGAUCACUUGAAGAUGGUAUUUAUUGGCUUCUACAAAUUUUGGAACGAUUAUCAAAAUCAAUUCACAACACAUGCAAGCAUGUUUCAAGAUGCAUCAGACCCCAAUCUGAUAGUUGUAGCAUUAAGAGGAACCAGCCCAUUCGACGCCAAUGACUGGAUAACAGACCUAGACAUAUCAUGGUAUCAGCUCAAACACACCAACGACUCGGAUGAUUGCAUUGGUCGAGUGCAUGGUGGGUUCAUGAAAGCACUUGGCUUACAAAAGAUCAAAGGUUGGCCAAAAGAACUCGAACCACCUCAAGAUCCAAACGACCACCACCCUUUUGCCUACUACAAGAUUCGAGAAAAGCUAAGAGAGAUUCUGGAAAAGAAUCCAAAUGCGAAGUUUAUAGUCACUGGCCAUAGUUUAGGUGGGGCGUUAGCGAUCUUGUUCGUAGCUGUGCUCGGGUUACAUGAAGAGAAAUGGUUGUUGAAAAGGUUAGAAGGGGUUUACACUUUUGGGCAGCCAAGAGUUGGGGAUGAGAGUUUUGGGAGGCAUAUGAUGAAUAUGAUUGAAGAUUAUAAUGUGAACUAUUUUAGGUAUGUUUAUUGCAAUGAUUUGGUGCCUAGGUUGCCUAAUGAUGAUAAAGCUUUAUUCUUUAAGCAUUUCGGGGCAACUCUAUACUUCAACAGCUUCUAUGGCGGCAAGGUUAUGAAGGAAGAACCAAACAAGAACUACUUCUCCCUGCUGUGGGUUAUACCCAAGUAUCUUAAUGCAAUUUGGGAGGUUAUCAGGAGUUUCAUUUUGCCAUACUGGAAGGGUAAAGAGUACAAGGAAGAAACAAUCGAAAAAUUGCUUAGAAUGUUUGGAUUGAUAAUUCCAGGAUUAGCAGCUCACGGCCCUAAAGACUACAUUGACGUGACCCGACUCGGCACUGAUCUUGUACCAACGAUUGAACGAUGA